UCAGCGUGUGAUUGCGACAUGAGUCAGCCGCUUUUCGUGGCGACUUUUUAUUCGUUAGCCAGAAUGGGAGCGCAUGUCUCUCUUGUAUUUUUCGAGGGAUUUUUUUCCGCCACGUCUACGUCUAACCAUCACUUAGGUGUAGCCAUUCUUUACUCUAUGGUCUCCUCCCUUUGUGAGUGUUCUAAUGUAUAUUGAAGCUGUUUUCUUCUGAGACCAAGAAGCAGUCCCAAUCACUGGUGGACUGGAGAGGAAUUCUCAUCAAGGAUGAAGCCCAAAAAGUGCUGGUACACACGAUACGUUUUGACGCUUUUUACUUUGAUGUUACUUCACAGUCAUGGAGAAGCGAUGCAAAACGUCAAUAUAAUCGGGGCGGCAAACCAGUGCAACUUAAUUACGAGUCAAACGGACCCUAUGCUUCGGAGGCAGAUCGACCUGACAUGCUUUGAAGUGUUCCGUGCACUGGAUCGGCUUUCACUGAACACCGGCUGCCCGGGAUGGUCUGACGCCAAGUGCCGUCUGAUAUCCCCCGGUGACGCCGUCUACCAAUGCAGCGUCAAGGUGCCAAACCAAGUGUCAUGGUGCGGUGUCGUCCAGCACGGACCACAGACCAUUUUCGACUGCGCGCCGGCCCUCCGACCAGCGGACCCGUCCGGCGGAGACAGACCCCAGUCCAGACCAACCUCACCGGGAAGGGCCGAUAAGGGCAAAGCGCCUGUCCAAGGAAGAGGCAAGAGUCGCAGAAUUGAUAGUGGAAGCGCAGCAAAUCCAUUUUAUACCGCGGGCUCUACACAGUCUGCAGGGUUUUCAUACGCGGGAGGCUCUCCAUACGCUAGGGCUGCUCCAUUCGCUGGAGGUUCUUCAUUCGCGGAAGGCUCUCCAUACGCUGGAGGCUCUUCAUUCCCCAGAGGUUCCUCGUACCCUGGAGGUGCUGCACCUCAGGGAUAUACCCGCCCGGGAACUCCUCAAUAUACCACGCAUUCGGAUCCCACUAAAAACCCCAAUUUCACUAUAGAUGAUCUCUUCAGGGACGAUCCCUCACUGGAUUCAAUUUUUGAAAAUACAACACCUGCUGCUGCUCCUCUCAUUCCACCCCCUGGCUACAUUACAGAUGAAUCAUUCGAUGUAGGGGAAAUGUUAGGUCCUUCGUUUGGUCAAAAUGCACCUUUUGACAUUCCGCAACUUCCCUUAAGUCCUCCGAUUCCCACAAGUCCACUAUUCCCUUCAAGUCCUUUGCGUCCUUCGUAUGGUCAAAAUCCACCUUGGCCACAAAUUACUCCAUAUUCUGGAUACAAUCAGGGUGGAGAUGGAUCCGUUGCACCCAGUUCUCCGCCUAGAAGUUCAUCCGGAGUUAGACGGAGUCCAUCUGGAGGUGAAGGUGGAGCGCCAGACACAGUGGAUUGGAGGUGCCCCGAAUGCGGAAAAUCCUUCCAUAACAAAGAUACAAUAAACGUGCACAAAUAUAAUCAUUCCGCAGUUCGCAAAGGCUAUACCACGUGCAGGAAAUGUCGUCAGGUUUUUGACACUUUACAGCAAUUCAUUAAUCAUAUAAAUUCACACCUCGAACAAGAUGGAAUCUGGGUUUUAACGUGUGACACGUGUCAUCUUACUUUCAAAUCAGAGAUUUCUCUAAGGAAACACGAAGCGGAGAAUAAUCAUGGGAUAAAUCGUCGAUCCCUAGCGUGUACUAAGUGUAAACGAACUUUCGAAAACCAGGAAGCUUUGAGCCAUCACCAAUGGAUUCAUGAGGCUAUUGACCAUUCAAAACAUAAAUGCCUCGAGUGCCUUCAGGUCUUUGCAUCGGCGGCUCACUACAAUUGGCACUUCCAAGCUAAACAUGGAUUAGGUGCACCACCCCCUCCCAGACCACCCGUGCGCCAAUUUGUCUGCGACACCUGCGGAGAUUCUUUCGAUAACCCUGUCUUAUUCAAAAGGCACCAGCCGAGCCACACUGGAGAAUUGGUCUGCCCCGUAUGUUGGACAUUUUUCUCAGCGCCGUAUAGUAAACAGGUGCACAUGGAAAAUAAACACCGGGGUCAUCGGAGUCCCUAAAAUUAGGAUCUGUAAUGAACUGGAAGAUUUUAGAACCGAAAAAACGCGACCUCCAUACGUAACAAAUCAUGUAACACAAGUGUAACACUGUGACAAUAUGUAACGUUAGUUGUAAAUAUUCGUCAAGUGAGUACGGAGGGCAUGGAUUCGAUGGACAAUGAUCCAUCGGAUGAUCACGUGUUUGACGGUUAGAGGUUAGAGCGAACCCGUAAUUACAAGUAAAUAUAAAAAACAACAAGUGACGUCUGCACAUUUAAAAGAUUAACACCCUCCAAUGAAGCCUUCCGAAUUUUUUAGAGUUUUUAUGAUUUAACGUUAUAUUAUGUUGAUUUUAGAUUAACUUUUUUAUUUUUUGGUUUUGAUGUUUACAUUUUUUCUUAACUAACUUUGCUUUUCGUUUCCACCAUAAUGCGAUCUUUGAAAUUUCUGAAUUCCACAUCGUUGAGUCGAAUCAUUGUUUUUCUAAUUUCCUUUAUUGUUCUUUGUAUUUUUUUAUCACCCUAAUCCCAUAUAUGGUAAAAUGAAUUUGUUGUUAUUUCAUGAUUUUCAUAAAAAAAGUAUUAGGUUUAGGUUCAAGGCUUUACAGUUUCAAGUAAAAACUUAUAUUCAGUA